AUGGACGAGUUUGUGAAAUGGUGCGAAGGACGAGGUUAUAGUUUCGAUGGGCUUGAAAUUACAUCUCCUCCGGGGAAUUGUGGAAAUGGAAUCUACACGACACGGUCAUUUCGUGCUGAAGAUGUUCUAAUUGCAAUUCCUGAAUAUGACAUGAUUACUGCUGGUCUUGUUGUUGAUCUUCCUUUCUAUAGGAAACUAUUGACCCCAUUCGAGGAGAAGUUGAAGCCAAUGGAGAUUCUUACAACAUUCUUCUGUUUUGAAGAUGAAGAAUCCUCAGCAUGGUCGCCUUAUUUGAAAGUUUUGCCAAAGAGUUUCGAUACUCCGGCGUUUAAAGGAAUCGACUUCGAUGUUCAUCAACUCCCGUUAUCCAUUCGCCAAUAUUGGGUGGAUCAAAAGAAGGAAAUUAAAGAAAUCAGUGAAAAAUUGAUGAGAUUAUUUCCGGAAUUGACAUAUAAUAAAAUACUCUGGGCAUGGCAUGUGGUAAACACGAGAUGCAUUUUCGUUGAAAAUGAGGAACAUGAUAAUGUCGACAAUUCGGAUGGAGAUACGAUAGCUGUAAUACCAUAUGUAGAUAUGCUCAAUCAUGAUCCAACAGAAUUUCAAGGAGUAGCGCUUCACGAAAAAGUAAACGGACGGUACGUAGUUCGAGCAAAAAAAUCGAUUCCUGCGGGACAUCAAGUAUUUGUUUGCUACGGACCACACGACAAUUCGCGUUUGUUAGUUGAAUAUGGAUUCACUCUUCCGGAAAAUCCGAACGGGAAGGUUCUGAUUCCCCUAGAAGUCCUUGUUACUCUUGCAAAAAUUGCCGGAAUCAACAUUACGAGAGAACAUGAAAUGGUCCUUGAAGAAGUUGGCUUACCAAGUCACCUUUAUGCAACCGAUGAAGGUCCUAGUUGGUCUCUGCGAACAAACAUUCGAAUUAUGUUGUUUGAACACGAACAGAUGAUGAAUGGACGCUGGAAGAAAAUCAUUUAUUCGCACGAACCCAUUGAAGAGGAUAUCGAUAAAGUUAUUAGAGAGAAGUUGGAAAUAAUGUUGAAAGAAUUGAGAAAUGGAAUUUCAGAAAAAGCUAAAAAAAUGAGCAAGGAUAUUAUGUGGAUGUGGGACGAGCAGAUUAGAAUAUGUGAUACUGCAAUCGCCUCGUUUUCCAAAGAAGAAUAG